CAACGUCUUGAAGGUCUGCUUCGACUUCAGCAAGAGCUGGAAGCCUUCCGUUUGGCCAACCAGGCAGCUGAGCACUGGAUUCUGGGCGCCUCGUUCCGACUGAUGUCUGCCAGUGGAGCGUCGGGCUGUCGACGCCAGACCAGCCGAAACGGACCAGGGGGUCAGGACGAAGAGAACGAUGAAGACGUCGAUGUGGAGGCGAGAGAGCAGGAGGAAAGGAGGACGGAGAGAGUGACAACAGGGGGCGGCAGACGGUGCAAGCAAAGACAGAUCGGCAGUGAUCAGCCGCUUCUCAAACAGCGAGACUUGAUGGCCGAAGGUUUUUCCGAUCAAGUAACUGUUUUUAGAAGCUCAAGUGAAGAGAUUUGUGGAGGAGGCCUCCAAGUCGCCAAAGAGAAUGCCGAGCGGCACGCGAGUCUGAUGCGUGAGAUCUCGGGCGAGGGAAAACGGAUGGUGCGAGUGGUGCAGGAGAAAUCACAGAAGAUAGUUCAGCUGACUCUGAGUGGGGGGGAUCCUAUGGGCGCUCCGAGCUUGUUUGAGGUGAGUCAUUUUGUUGUUUUAAGGACUAAUGGUUGA